CGGCCGCGCGUCGAUACUUAGUAGAUUUUCGUUGAUGAGCUCGUCGCGAGAAGCGCUUGCUUCAUAGAACCUUCAAUUGUAGGACAAAGACUCAAUUUUCCAAGAUUCCACGGUGCCAAAAGCCCGAAAUUGCGUGCUCAUUACGUCGAAUAGAGAAUCCGCCACUGGUCCAAGCGUUUCACUUUGAACGCGUAGAACGCAGCUCGAAAGAACAACGACGUGCCGCCUGGCGCGCAAGAGCGGUUUUCCCGUGUGCAGGGGGUGGUGCGGGGUGCGGAGGACAACGGACUGGUGGGAGUGAAACCGUUUGCGGGAUCGGCGGUGAAGGCGACUCGCGAGAAAAACAAGUUCAUUCGGAGCAAGUAACGACCAUACGUUCGCGUUUCUCGCGUAAUAUUGAGCGAGAUCGCGGCGCAAGUGACAGCCGAGGACGACCUCGCCGCGUACUUUAUUUCUCUUCGACGCCAGUGCGCUCUACGCAUCUGUACGCACGAGGGCGACGGCGAGGGAGGGAAUGUCGAGCGCAAGAAUACGUGAGUGUAGAUAAAAUUCUUGUAAACGGCGAAUGCCCGGAGGGCAAUCAAUUCCGUGUGCGCGCGUAUUGUUCGCCGAGGAAACGUCAUCGUGCACGAUCGUCCAGCGAGAUUGCCUGAAAGUACGAAAGCUCGAAGUACCGCGCGAUUAAUCAAGUAAUUCGUCAGGAGGGAAACGCUGGCUCUAGUUGACUGGCUUGUCAGCUUUGUUGGUCUCUGCGUUGAAAGGAGAACGUCAGCAACGGUAGCAAGCGUUAAACGGAACUUUUCACGGUGGACACACGUAAUCCGUUUGCGCGUAUGCUGCAAUAUCUGAAGAGGACCUCGCGAAUGGGGGCACGGCAGGUUGACGCAUGAAUGGUGUCGCGGUCACAGGGACGUCACACGCCACGUUCGUGAAUACUUCGAGCAAGAUGUCAACGACCACCGAUGUCAGCGACUUGGCGGACGUACCCAAGGAAGGCACGCCGAUCUUCUUGCAGACUCGCGCGGCCCAGGUCAUUGCCGGUGUAUUUGUGUGGGUGGCACUUUUUCUCACUUGCCAACAGAUCUAUCAACAUCUCAGGUGGUACACAAAUCCCACGGAGCAAAGAUGGAUAGUGCGGAUUCUCUUUAUCGUGCCCAUCUAUGCCACUUAUUCCUGGAUCUCGCUGUUGUUCUUCAACAGCGAAAGUUAUUAUGUUUACUUUUUCACAGUGCGGGACUGUUACGAAGCGUUUGUAAUAUACAACUUCCUGUCGCUGUGCUAUGAAUAUCUGGGCGGUGAGGGCAAUAUUAUGUCCGAAAUUAGGGGCAAGCCGAUACGCUCCAGUUGCCUUUACGGCACUUGCUGCCUAGUCGGGAAGACGUACACCAUCGGCUUCCUGAGAUUCUGCAAGCAGGCCACCCUGCAGUUCUGCUUAGUUAAACCAGUGAUGGCAUUUGUUAUCAUAUUUCUGCAAGCCUUCGGUCAUUAUAGAGACGGAGAUUGGUCCCCCGACGGUGGUUACAUUUACAUCACCAUAAUUUACAAUAUCAGUGUGUCGCUUGCACUUUACGGGCUCUUUUUGUUCUACUUCGCUACGAGGGACCUGCUGACGCCGUUUGAGCCUGUGCUCAAGUUUUGUACAGUGAAGAGCGUGAUCUUCCUGUCAUUCUGGCAAGGAGUUUUACUAGCUAUUUUGGAAAAGGCGAAUGUCAUUUCGCCUGUCAUAAACAGUUUGGGUCAAUCAACGAGUGCUGGUACGGUUUCCGCCGGUUACCAAAAUUUCCUCAUUUGCAUCGAGAUGUUGUUCGCAGCUAUAGCAUUACGUUAUGCGUUCCCGUACCAAGUGUACGCAGCUGGCUGUGUCACCGAUUCCCGAGGUAGAAGUGUAACGAUGCAAAGUAUCAGCAGCAGCUUGAAAGAAACAAUGAAUCCGAAAGAUAUUAUGACCGAUGCCAUCCAUAAUUUCCAUCCACAGUACCAACAGUACACUCAAUAUAGUGCUGGAGGCCCGAAAGGACAACGUGGUAUGCGAGUAUCCAGCUUCGAUCCGGACGAUCCGCAAAACAUGCCGGUACCACCACCGCAAAGGCGAAACACCUCUCACCAGCGCGUCGCCACGAUUUCGCAAAACUAUAAUGAGAAAACGAUGUUGUUAAGCAGCGACGAUGAAUUUCAAUAAGGCACACACACGUGCGCGCAGUUCGACGUGCGCACGGUUCGACGUGCACUCAUACCCAUUUCAAAGAAUGUAAAUUUAAGUUCGUAUAUCGUACCGACGAUUAUUUUAUCGCAAUGCGGGACUUCCAUGAACUUCUAGAGAUCUGCUUUCGACAAAAGAAAAAAGAAAAAAAAAGCCCAAUUACGUUUUAAGCGAUUAACGCGAAGCGAAUAGAUAGGAACUCACGGGAAAACGCAAGAUGUGAAAAAAACGGCGCAAGAAUUUAAAGGAAAAAAAAAAAGAAAGGAAAUAUCGCGCGGGGUGUAAGAGGCGUGUUACGCCGCACUUGUAAUAGUUCCAUAAUGUUACAUUCAUGUUAAUAUAUGUAUUAUGUUAUAACGUAUAUGAGUAAAUAGUAUAGAAGAUAUUUAUUUUAAUAUGCUGACGUGUUUGAGAGACAGUGUUAUCUACCUGUGGCUCUACUACGACACUGUAAGAGAUAUUAAUUGCACGAUAAAGCUUACACUUCGUGGAUAAGAGAAUAAAUGUAAUUGUAUAGUACUUAAUUUUAAGGAGUCGCAUUCUCCUUUUUGGAUUACAAACUGUUCAUGAUAUAUCUAUAUAAACGUCAGUGCUUGUUUACACUUUUGUAUCUUUUUUAUUUUUUACGAAUUGCGUUUAGCGAACUUUAACUUUUGCAAUUUCGCAUUUAUAUUCUUAGGGAAACCUCGAGCCACAAAAAUCUUUGCGUCCCUCUCUACAGUGCUGUAAAAUUAUUCCUUCAUUAAUCCUGCAAAAUUCAUACGUGUGCGCGCGCGUAUAUUGUAUACAUAUACAUGCACACACAUGUACUGACGUAGAGUACGUCUGACGAUGCAGAAGUUGACGAGUUUUCCUUCAAUAGGAGCCUUUCACCAUUAAAAAAAAAAAAGAAAAAGAGAAGAUAUGCGCAAGAGAGUGCAAGGAUAAUUGAUGGCUAUUAUGUCAAAUGUGAAUAAAUAUUUGGUAUUUGGUGUCUUAUGUGUACAACUGUGUAUAAUCCUUAUAUUUUUUUUUAUGCAUAAUAGAGGUCGAAAUUAACAAAGAUCUAUUUUAUAUGACAGCGCAUUGUGCCGAAAUCUUUCGUCGCCAUUUAAGAACAAGAAAAAAAGAGAACACAAGGAACAAGUAAAUCUGUGAAUAAAUUUUAUUGUCCUAUUA